AUAAUAAUCCUGGACGACAUAACAACCCUCCACUGGACCGGCCUCGCCUCGCCUCUAGAACUGGGGAGGUUUUGUCGAGCGUUACGGGGGUUGUGUGUGAGGAAUGAUGCUGUGUUGGUGAUUAGGCAUCAUGUUCUCUCUCCCACCAGUGGAGACUUGUUAUUCCGAUCCCUACACGCACUCUGCACGUAUCACAUGGAUAUCCAACCCCUAAGCAGUGGACGGAGCGGGGUUGUUAGUGGUCAGAUCGCACUCCACCAAGGCCCCAACUUCAUCCACCAAGGCCCAGCCACCACGUCGACGAAGACGUCUAUAGUAAAAACACGUCCCCGAUCCAGGGCGUUACAAUAUAAACUAACCGAUACAUCUGCUGUGUAUUUCGAACGCGGAGCUAUGGGU